AUGUUCGGCCUCAAGUUCAUCGUCCUCUCCCUCUCAGUGCUUAUCAGCCAAGCCCUCGCCAUCAAUGUGAUCCUGUUCGCGAAGGCCCCCAAGAUGCCAAAGGAGAUUACAAAGGAGUGGGCGAUCCCAGCGCACUCAUGCGACGGCCCAGAGAAGAAGAUCGUUGAGAAGAUGGGCAGCUGGUCCAAAAACAAGUACACGGCCCAGAUGGGGGCCGGCCAAAACGCACGGGUCGUCGUCAAGCCCACCAAGGAUCCAGACACGGAGGCUGCUGCCAUCAAGAUGCUCGGGGAUAUGGAGAGCAUCCUGGUCAAGAACACCAAAAAGGGGUGGUGCGAGAAGCUCAUUGACAAAUUCAAGGGUGGCAAAAAGGACACCAAGAAGGGUAAGGGGAAGCGAAUGGCUAUGCGCAGACGAGAGGCCAGAGCCCGAAGAGGCUACAGGGCCAAACGAGGCUGGAAGGGUCACUAG